UACCUACUUAAAAUGUUAACGAUAAAGUCAAAUCUUGUGUUUCUGUUCGUACUUUUUCUCGAAACGUUUUGCCAAAGAAGAAUACAAGAAGGUAAAGAAGUGACAAAGGACAAACCUUAUGUGGUAUAUUUAGUGAAAGCACCAAUAGCUUCAGCUCACUACGAUUUUUGGUUAUGUGGAGGUGCUUUAGUGACGAGUGAAUAUGUAGUCACUUCUGCAGCGUGCAUUAAAGAUGUUGAUUACCUCUACGUGAUAGCUGGCUACAAUAAAUACGUCACUGAUGCUGAAUUAGAAACCGACCAAUGUACUAGUAAAAUGAAAAAGAAAGUAAUUUAUACUUGUUAUCCAGAGGGUUAUGAAAUAAGGUACGAAAGACUGGACAAAUGGGCACUCAUAGAUAUAGGUGUCGUUAAGGUUGAGUCUCCUUACGAUUUUACUGACGAAUCUUACAAGACAACGUGCUCAUAUAUACCAGCAGUGAUACCGGUUAGCUAUGAAGCUAAGUACCAAGAGGCUGGAACUGAUGCUAUCGUAUUUGGAUGGGGACAUUUAUUCAAAUGGAGAAAGAGAAAUGAUGCCAGAAACCACAAUCAAGAGAAAUUAAAUUAUGCACCUGUAAUGAUAAUAGAUAAAGAAGAAUGCAAAAAGCAUUAUAUAGAUUAUGAAAAUAUGACUGAAGUGAUAGACAAGUACAUGAUAUGUACAUACGGACAGGGCAACAUUGACGACCGAGGCGAUCCAUUAGAACCAGCUAAAGCCGAACAUGAUGGAUGUGGGCCGAAAGACAUAAAUAUAGAGCGAUGUAUAAAUUAUGAAAAUCGACGGCACAUCGGAGUGACAAAUCUUUCGCUGAACGAAACAGAGACAAAAAUGGAAAAUGGAAAUAUUUCUAAUCAAGUGAAUAAUUCUAAUGAACAUCCAUUUAUUAAUGAAACUGUUAUACGUAAAAGACCUCUCGUUUAUGGUGUUAAUGGUCGAAGGCAUGGGAUUUGUCAGAAUGACCAUGGCGGACCAUUAGUCAGUUGGGUGGGGACCCACGAAAUUCUCAUCGGCAUAGCCUCAGUAUUUAAAGUGUCAGAGGAUUCCGAAUGUGUGGGCCCUUUCUUGUAUACAAGUACGCAAUGUAACGGAGCAUUCCUCGAUUGUAUUUUAACAACGGAUAAAUUGGUAACUCCACAAAAGAAAGAUAAAGGUACAAGGCGAGCUGUGUGCAGAAAGAGACCAGAAGACGAAGGUCAUCCUACAGUUGAAAGACAUAUUUCCUGGUUAUAUCAUCCAGCUGGAGCCGCUGAAAAUGAGAAAAUUGGAAGAAAUGGAGAUGAAUCAACAUCUAAGCCAGCAAAAGAGAGCACGAAACAUGAAGAGACACCUAAAGUAGAUAUCAAUUCUGAAGCAUACGUGAGAAACAUAUCGCAAGAUUACUUGAAUGUGAAUAAACCAAUACUAAAUAAUCAGUUUGAGAAUAACGAAAGGUAUUCAAUUAUCAAGAGUUUUGGUAACAAUUACCAGUAUGCACCAAACGUGUAUGUAGCCAACGAACAAUAUUCUCAAAAUGUACAAUAUGGAACAAAUCAUUUUAUACCAGCUAACAAUCCGAUACCAAAUAACAAUGCACCAGUAAAUUGGGGAGCACAGAACUAUUUAGCCCAAAGGCCUGUGCCAAUUGGUAGAUAUGAUCCGAGUGUUACGUCUCCGCCAAUAAUCAGUCCAGUACAGAUGAAUGUUCCUGUUUUGACCAAUAGACGUCCUCCAGAAAUAUAUAAACCACCUCCUGCUCCCGCUUUGGUCACAGAAAAAACCAUGAAUAGCAAUAAUCAAGAAUUUUUCAGAAUGCGUCCACAAGUUCCUCUUCAUGUUUGACGAUUAUUUUUAAGGCAGUCUUUUAAGUUUUUUUUUAAUUAAAUGUAUGUUUUUGUACUAUUAUUUGAUGUAUCAUAUAUUUGAUCUCCUUGAUGAAAAAUAUCAGUCAAUUGACCUUGA